AAAAAAAAAAAUAAUAAAAACAAAAAUACUAGUUUAUAUAAAUAAUAAAACAAACAAAUAAAUAAACAAAUAAAUAAAUAAUAUGCAUAUUAAUUACUAUAGAAAAACUUCAAUUAAUAAUAGUGAGGAUAAUAAUGGUAAUAAUAAUCAUGUCCCCAGAAAGCUAUUAGCAAAGAAAGUAAUUCGUGAAUGCAGUGUUUGUCAAGUUACAUCAGAGGAAAGAAUUGCCGAAUGGUGCAUUGGUCCAGGAGGAUGUGAUUUAUGUGGUGUUUGCGGGUUAAGAUAUAGAAAAGUGUUGUCAAUAGAAGAACCAUUCAAGGAAGAUCCCAAUUAUAUUAACACUCAGUCUCCAAUGAUGUUCAUUAAAAUCAUCUUUAUCAUCACCUAUAAAAUGCCCAUCUCAAAAUUUAAACAAAUAUUCAUCACACUCCAUGAAGCCUUGAAUAAAACAACUGGCCACAAUGACUUUUUCUUGAAAUUAGAUGACAACAAUUUUCUUAAAGUAAAAGAUAAUUUAUUUGAAUUUUUACAUUUAAAACACUAUGAAUAAACAUAAACAAUAACAACAACAGCAACAAAAUAAACAAUAUUUUAUAUUAAAAGCUACAAUUGUAACAAAAGCAGUAAUAAUAAAUAAAUAAAUAAAUUUUAUAUAUU